AUGGCUAAUUUCCCUUACAGCUGCGUUCGAAAUAGCUUAGGAGCGUUAAAUGUACUCUAUAUGAUCAUUGGCCUAGUCAUCUUAGGCGUAGCGGGUUAUGCUCGUGGUGUUGCAAAAUUUACAAGCUUAGCAGCUUUAGGAGCUCUAGUCGCUGUUGGCGUCAUUUUACUCCUCAUCGCCAUUAUUGGUUUUGUUGCAGCUAUUAAACACCAUCAAAUUUUACUUUUUAUGUACAUGAUCUUCAUGUCAUUACUGUUUAUCAUCGAUUUCGCAAUCUCCAUCGCUGCAUUGGCGUUGAACCAACAGCAACAGAAGGAUCUGCUCAGUAAGGCUUACGAUGGUCUUACCCCUGAAGACAAAACAGCGUUACACAACCGUCUCAAAUGUUGUGGAUUUAACAAUAGCACCAAUAUUGAUUGCCCGUCUAGCUGCGACAAUAGCUGUAAAACAUGCUAUAAUGUCGUUAAAGAGCCUAUUGCAUUAGCGCUUAAAGCCGGUGGUGGAGUCGGAUUAUUUUUCUCCUUUACCUUUUUCCUGGCUAUAUAUUUUGCGAGGCAAUUUCGCAAUUUGAAGGACCCUCGAUCUAGCGACUCAUUCUUGUAGAAUCGUAGUGAUUGAUUGGUUAAUUACUUCCUAUUAUUUGUCAUCUAUAUCAACUACAGCUAAUAGUUUUAUCGAUUAUAUAUGUAACGGAUUUCAACCUCUCAUUUCCAGUGAUUCUAAUUUUUGGCGAAAUUUC